AUGGCCUCCCUCGCUCGGUUGCGGUCUGCUCUUCCCCGAAAACUCCCGCCCUUCGUACGCGCCCUCCAGACAGCAGCAGACAGCACGCAACUGCAGGAGGCUGCUUCGCAUGACGAGCCUUUCAAUGUCAAGCUUCACGACGACUCUUUUCGCGGCCACAACACCGACAUCCCCAGCCUGGAGCUGGAGGUCCACAAGGACCAGCUCAUCAACAUGUACAGGCAGAUGACGACCAUACGCCGUAUGGAGCAGGCAGCCGACGCGCUCUACAAGCAAAAGUUUAUCCGUGGUUUCUGCCAUCUUGCCAUCGGCCAGGAAGCAGUCUCGGUCGGACUCACGCAAGCGCUCACCAAUGAGGACCAUAUCAUUACCUCGUACCGCUCGCAUCCGUUCGCAAUCCUUCGCGGAGGCACGGUCGUCGGUCUGAUCGGCGAGCUGCUCGGCCGCGAAGGCGGCAUAUCCAAGGGUAAGGGCGGCUCCAUGCACGUUUUCACGCAGUACUUCAAGGGUGGCCAUGGUAUCGUCGGCGCUCAGGUCUCGCUUGGUACGGGCCUUGCUUUCUCUGCCAAAUACCAAGAGCAGCCCAUUGCGACCUUCACGAUGUACGGCGAUGGCGCAAGUAACCAAGGCCAGGUCGCCGAAUCGUUCAACAUGGCGAAAUUGUGGAACCUGCCGUGCGUAUAUCUUUGCGAGAACAACAAGUACGGAAUGGGUACCUCCGCCGAACGCAGCUCCGCGAACACGGAGUAUUUCACUCGUGGUGAUAAGAUCCCUGGUAUCCAGGCCAACGGAAUGGAUAUCAUUGCUGUGUACCAGGCAGUGAAGCACGCGAAGAACUGGGUCCUCAACGGCAAUGGCCCUCUCAUUCUCGAACUUGUGACCUACCGCUACGGUGGUCACUCAAUGUCUGACCCCGGCACCAGCUACCGUACGCGUGAAGAGGUCCAACGCAUGCGCAGCACCCAGGACCCCAUCCGCGGUCUACAGCACUACAUCCAGGAGUGGGGCCUCGCAUCGGAAGAGGAUCUCAAGGCGAUUGACAAGGAGUCGAAGAAUGAGGUCGAUAAAGCUGUCGAGGAGGCGAAGAAGCUUGCAAUCCCGCCCGCGGAGAACCUCUGGACUGAUGUCUAUGCCACCGGCUACGAGCCGCCGUACUUACGGGGUCGCGAGCGCGAGGAGAUUCACCGCUUCUGA